AUGCACCACAAGCCACUCGAGAAUUUCUUCAAGGAGAACGGUCAGCAAAAGACCGAUGGGUGGGGGAUGCCAUCCUCAGGGCUUUAUAUACAUCGUUACAUGAGCGACAAAAUCGCAGGAGACAAGCACUAUUGUGUGGAAACGAUGUUGUAUCCCGCCACCAUUUCCGGCCUGAUCGGUGAGGCGUCAGUUAAACAGCUCAGGAUCUCCUUCAAUAACCGAGGCGGAUUGACUGGAUAG